AUGAAAAAGGGUAACCUCUUUAUUACUUCAUACCUGCAGAAGAUCAAGCAAAUUUGCAGUACUUUAGCCUCGGUUGGCAUUCAAACUUUGAUAGAUGAGCUCUUUCUUCAUGCUCUCCAUGGACUUUCAGCAGAAUAUGACAUUAUCAUUGCAACUUUGCGUGCCCGAGAAACCCUAGUGAUAUUUGAAGAGCUUCAUGAGAAGCUCCUUGAUUUCACGCAGAAUCUCAUUUGCUCAUCUUCCUCUACCACAGUUCUAAUCAUAAUAAACUUUGCUGCUAAACCCUCACCUCAUAAAAAUCGUUAUCGUCCUAAUCAUGCUUCGUGUCCAGGAAAUAACUCAAAUCAACUUACUGCUAACAAUAUUAGUGCUCAACUUGCUGGUGAAAACAACCACAUAAAUCGCCCUCAUGUUACUUGCAAACUUUGUGAUAAGCCUGGUCAUCACGUGAAGCAGUGCUAA